CCCGCCGUAGUAACCCGAAGUCUAGCCCUACGACUAACUACGCUUGCAUCAUCUCGCAUCUGCGCCCAAGCCUAGCCGCGGCCGCAAAACAACUAAACAUCUCCACGUGCCCUCACCCCACACGCAAAACAACUACCUGGCCCCACAUCCGAAACUUUACAAACAAAAACACAUCUACAACACCUUGAUCUAUCUUCUUCAAAGCAAUCGAACCAUCUCGCUCCUACACACAGCCCCCGCACAUACCUUCAAGAUGGCCCUCUCAACACACGCAAUCAGCCAGAUGCGCCGCUACUCAUCACAACUACCACGAGACCCGCACUACCGCCUCAAGGCAACACUCGCAACCGGAUAUGUAGUCUCAGCUCUUGCCCUGCCGUUUGUACCGCCACUACUGGAGACGAGAAGGGCGAAGGCGGACGGAUCCUACCUGACGAGGGAGAGUGCCUACUGCAAUUCACAUUAUCUUGGCUUCGCGAAAUAGACCCACUUUCUUCUCUCUUCUACCUUUCGUCUUCCAACGCAGCAUGUAGCAUUGCAUCACGCACCUGCAUUGUAAUCACCUCAUACCCGGCAGUUCCUUUUGUGUUUGGCGUUUGGUUGCAUAUUGGCGUCUAUGGGCUUGUCCACCUUGGAGAUUUGGACAUAGUAGUAGCAUGUAACGGGCAUAGCUCGCGUGCAUUACCAUGAAAUGAAACUGUUCCC